UAUUUUAUUUUUUCUUAUAAAAAAAAAAUUGUAAUUAACAUUUAGUUUAUAAACUCAGAUUUGGAUUAAGAUUUCCCGAGAAAAUCCAAUUCAAAAGAUUUUCCUGCAAUACAAACAAACAAAAAAUGUGGAGAACAAGCGAGUCCGCCACCACUACCAGAGUUUCAAAUGAUACCAACGCUUUAAAUACUAUCAACGCUGCUGCUUCCGCCAUCGCUGCUUCUCAGAAUCGUGUUCCUCAAGCUUCCAUUCGGAAGAGAAGAUGGGGAAGUUGUUGGAGCGUGUACUGGUGUUUUGGAUCUCACAGACAUAGAAAAAGAAUAGGGCAUGCGGUACUUGUUCCGGAAUCUUCUGCUACCGGGAAUGAUUCUUCUGUUGCUGAAAAUCCAACUACCCAAGGAUCGACGAUCACAUUUCUUCCGUUUGUUGCACCUCCCUCGUCUCCUGCAUCUUUCCUUCAAUCGGAACCUCCUUCUGCUUCACAAUCUCCAGCUGUUAUGCUGUCACGCACCUCUGCCAGUAUGUACUCUCCAAGUGGGCCUUCCUCCAUUUUUGCUAUCGGCCCUUAUGCCCAUGAAACCCAGUUAGUCUCUCCACCGGUAUUCUCGACUUUCACUACUGAACCAUCAACCGCUCCUUUCACUCCUCCUCCGGAGUCUGUACAUUUGACUACACCAUCAUCGCCCGAGGUACCUUUUGCUCACUUACUUGACCCCGGGAUCAGGAAUGUUGAGGCCGGGCUUCGAUUCCCAUUGUCGAACUAUGAAUUUCAGUCUUACCAGCUUUAUCCUGGAAGUCCAAUUGGUCAGCUUAUUUCACCUAGCUCGGGAAUUUCUGGAUCAGGCGCAUCUUCUCCUUUUGCCGAUGGAGAAUUUUCUGCUGCUGGUUCGCGCUUUCUCGAGUUCCAAAUGGCUAUUCCUCCCAAGCUAUUGAAUCUUGAUAAGCUCUCUACCCGUGAGUGGGGAUCACGUCAAGGUUCAGGAUCUUUGACCCCAGAGGGUGCAAGGGCCACAUCAUGCAGCUUUCCAUUGAAUCGUCAGUUCUCUGAUGUAUCAUCGAAAUCACUUUCAGACAACGGAAAUCAGAAUGAUCAAGUUGGUGAUCAUAGAAUUACUUUUUUUCUACCUGUCGAAGGUGCAUCAAGAUGUGUUGGACGGAAGCUAACUUCUCCUGCUAAAGUCACGCCAGACUCCAAGGAAAAUGGAGCAAUGGCCGAGACAGAACAAAGCUUUAGUGAAAUAGGACAUAAUUCUGGGUGCCGCAUUGAUGAAACAUCAUCAAAUGGCACACAGGAGCAAUCUUCAACAGAUGGGGAGAAGGUAUCACGACAUCAAAAGCAUCGGUCCUUAACUCUUGGAUCGCUUAAAGAAUUUGACUUUGACAAUGCUGAUGGAGUAGAAUCCCAUAAGCCUAAUGCUGGUCCAGACUGGUGGGCUAAUGAAAGUGAUGUCGGAAAAGACGAUCUAGCAGCCAAGAACUGGUCGUUUUUCCCGGUGCUUCAGCCAAGUGUAGGGUAGAUGGUAUAGGAAUGCAUCUCCGCCCGGCCAGUUCGAAGCACCAUAAUCGUUGAAGGCAAUUGCAGUGAAUUUUUGGGGGUUCUGUACAAAAAUUAAAACCGACCCUGAAAUGAAGGCUGUUUUUGAGUCCUUCCUACCCGAGAAAACAGGGGCAGGUAGCGAUGUAUUAGAAUUUUUUUUAACUAGCUAGCACAGAUAGCGUAUUGUAGUUACCUAAUUAGGCAGAAAGAUAAAUUAACAGCAUUUGCUAGAUAAUUUUUGUAUUCUCAAGAUUUUCGCUAUGUGAUAUAUACGAUAAAUCGGGGAGUUUUACACUAAUAAUUUCCAAUGUAGAUAGAGAUCGACUCUUAACAUGCUAAUGAAUUUGCAGAUUCUGCAAACUGUAUUAAGCUCUUAUAGUUGCAGUUUAAAUUUGGUCC